AUGACCGUGUCCCACGAGGAGUCUGACACUAGGCGUAAGCGGCAGGAUACCAUUCUGCUCAGUGAAGAUAGGUUGCUACCGGAGAUGUACCGCGGCGUUAAGAAAGGAGAUGAAGACGUCUGGUACCUUGACAACGAAAUUGGGAAUGAGGUGCACAUGGAAAGAGAUACCAUGAAGGUGAUUGAUAGGAGCGGGAAGCUCUUGAUGCUGGUAAAGCGAACACAAAAUCGCUUGUACAAGAUAACCUUGAAGACAUUCAAGCAACUGUUAGGGGAGAAGAAAUUGGCGGUUGAUGUGCCUCUAUUGCCCCAGCCGAACAAGCUUUGCGAGGUGUGUGUGAUCGCCAAACAUGCAAGGUCGCCAUUCCCGUGCCAAGCAAACUUUAGAGCGGACAAACCGUUGGAACUUAUCCAUGCUGAUAUUUGUGGGCCAAUCUCACCAUGUACACUAGCCGGUAACAAGUAUUUCCAUCUGAUUGUUGAUGAUUUUACAAGGUGGAUGCGGGUGUUUAUAUUGGCAGCAAAGAAUGAUGCAUUCCGAGCAUUCAAGAAGUUCAAAUUAUUGACGAAGACCAAGACUGAAUGCAAGAUCAAAACACUCCAGACAGACCGGGGCGGCGAGUUUCUAUCCACGGAGUUCACUCAGUUCUGUGAAAAUGAAGGAAUCGAGCGACAUCUCACGACUCCCUACACACCCCAACAAAAUGGUGUUGCGGAGCGUCGUAAUCGCACCGUGAUGGCCAUGGCAAGAUCUCUCGUCAAGGGUACACAUAUGCGGGCAAGGUUCUGGGGAGAGGCGGUUAGGCAUGCUGUCUAUCUGUUUAACCGUCUCCCAACUAAGGCGCUAGGAGAGUGCACACCAUUUGAAGCUUGGAUGGGGAGAAAGUCACAUCUCACCCACUUGAGAGUGUUCGGUUGUAUUGCAUAUGUGAAAAAUACAACCCCUCACCUCAAGAAACUUGACGACAAAAGCUCACCCAUGGUAUACUUGGGUGUCGAGGAAGGCUGCAAAGCUCAUCAUCUAUUUGAUCCAAGACAUGGUGCCAACAAUGAAGAAAAGGUACGAGAGUUUAUGGUGAUGGAUGCAUUCGGCACCGACGACGUGAUUGUUGCAGCAGACAUUGAGGCCGCAACGGAAGAUGUCACAACACUGGCAGUAGCCGUGGCAAGAGCAUCAAGUCCAUCUACACCAUCAUCGAACACCAAUACAACUUCCUCGGCUUCGAUAACAAACUCACCCGAGUCUUAUGAAGGACUGGUCCGUUUUAGAUCCAUUGCUGAUAUCUAUGCCAACACUGAGGAAGUGGUUGGUAUUAAUGAAGAAGAGGGUGAGGUGAUGAUGGUGAUAUCUGAAGAGCCGACAUAUUAUCAAGAAGCUGCAACCGAGGCUUGCUGGUACGAAGUAAUGGAGAAAGAGCUGAAAUCUAUUGAGAUGAACAAUACCUGGAACCUAACUGAGCUCCCAUUAUGCCACAAGCCUAUUGGCCUAAAGUGGGUGUUCAAAUUGAAGAAAGAUUUAGAUGGGAAAGUCGUUAAGCACAAAGCAAGAUUAGUGGCUAAAGAUUAUGUACAAAGACAAGACAUUGACUUUGAAGAAGUGUUUGCGCCUGUCGCUAGACUUGACACUAUUCGAGUCAUUCUUGUGCUUGCGGCAAAUCAAAGCUGGGAGAAGCAGAAGACAGUGACGCUUUCAUCUUGUGAGACAGAGUUCAUGGCAGCCACAACUGCUGCCUGCCAUGCUUUGUGGUUAAGGAGCCUUGCCAGCGAAUUAACCGGUGUAGAGCCAAAGCCGGUAACUUUAUUUGUUGACAACAAAUCUGCCAUAACCCUCAUGAAGAAUCCGUUCCUCAGGAAGUGCAAUGACUGCAAUACCAGGUUUGAUAUACUUGCAGAUUCUACGCAUAUAAAGAGCACCAAUGAAGACGAUCGCUUGCUCCAUGACUCUAAAGAAGUAGAACUAAUUGAUUUACAAAUGAAAAUCCCUAACAAGACAUUUGAAGGGUUUCUCUUAAAUCAGAAGGAGAUGGCAGAGGAAUUAAAGCAGAUGGGAUUGCAAAUGCUGAGAAGUCGCACCAGUACAGAUCAGUUUGCCAAGGACGUAAUAGAAGAGGAUGUCACGCCGGAGGACCGUCUCACUUCUCUCCACGACGACCUCCUUAUCUCCAACCUCUCCUUCCUCCCCAUCAAGCAGCGUGUCGCCCUCUCCGUUGUCUGCGCCCGCUUCCGCCGCCGCCUCCUCCCCUCCGUCCCCCGACUCGACGCCUUCCGCCUUGACGUCAACAUCCAUAAAGAUCUCACCUUCCCCGGUGCUCUGAUUCGCCAAUGCCACCUCGUCUUCCACGACGUCGCCGAUUUAGCCGAACCCCUCGAACAGCUGCUCGCCGACGGCCUCGACGAAGCUGACGUGCAAGACCUCACCCUCGAAAUCUCUGGCAAGGGAUGGUUGUAUCUCAGCGGCAGGGAAAACUGCAGCUUCUUGGAUAUCAAGUCGCUGAGGAGUCUCUUCUUGAACAGAAUCUUCAUAGUGUCGAGAUACUCCGAUCGUCGUCCCCUCUUGCCCUUGGGCUGCGCCUUCCUCACCUUCCUUAAAAUGAAAUUCAGCGCCCUUUCCUCGCGACACUGCAUCUCGUCCGUUGCUAUGUGCUCGAGCACGGGCACGGCAUGA